AUGGAUGCCGCUGAGGGCUUGGAACAGCUUUUCGCAGCGCAUUCGGCCGUGCCUGCGUUAGCCGUGUUGCAGCUACUACGGAAGGACUUGAGCCAGCAGCAAGCUCAAAUUCUGUUUAAGAACCACAGGCAUUGUCUUCAGAUGGGAACAUGUAGUUUUGGUCGGCGCGGGCGAGCAGCGUACGCAUUGCGCACAGGUACCGAGGUGCAGCGUCUCAGGCUGGAUUUCAGCCAACAAAGCCUCAAGAGCUGCUGCACAACCACCGGAGCUUACCACGAUAACCACAGCAAUGAACUAACCACAGACUCCUUUGUCACAAGAACCUGCCUUCUCUCUGCUGCUCAUGCACCGCUGCUAAAGAAGUAA